CGACUGAACCGGUCAGGCUCCUUCUUCUCUCCCCCCUCUCCUCCUGCCUCCUCCAGCCACAGCUUGAGCACCGAGCAUGUUAACAAUAAUGACGGCCCUUUCUGGCCAUCUAACAUCUGGAGCCAGGGCCCUGUCUCCAAACCCAAACAGCUCCCGUUCAGGCCUGACCGCUCAAUGAGCCUGACCGAGUCCAGCAGUCAUCUGCUCUCCUCCUUUGGACAGCUGAAGAACCUGGAUGCUUAUCCCUCUGCUGCAACUGUGGCUCCACCGCCUGGCUUCCCUCCCUCGUCUACUCUCCCAGCCCAGAUCCCACAAGUGGUGGCCCCUAAUCGUUACAAGACAGAGCUGUGCCGUGGCUUCCAAGAGACGGGCAGCUGCAAGUAUGGCAGUAAGUGCCAGUUUGCCCACGGUGAGGCAGAGCUGCGUGGACUGUUCCGCCACCCCAAGUACAAGACAGAGCCCUGCAGAACCUUCUACAACUUUGGCUACUGCCCUUAUGGCUCACGCUGCCACUUCAUCCAUGAGGACAAAAUCAGCGGAGGUCCGUUACCAAGUGCCAAAUUCCAGAAUCAGCAGCAACCAACUCACAGUGGUCAGAAUCCACGCCACCAGCUGCGCCAAAGUGUCAGCUUUGCUGGGUUCAUGGGAUCUACACGCAGCUCACCUCCUCCAUCAUUCCCUUCAUCCUUUAAUGAUCCUAACCUGGGGUUCAGCCGUGCUCCUUCUGUCUCCCCACCUCCUGCUGAUCUCCUCUCCCCAGUGUUUGGUGACUCCCUGCAGCGGGAGACAGCAGCAUUCCAGUUUGGCAACCUUCAGACCCGUGCCAGCGCUGGAGACAUCCACAACAUUCCUCUCAUCAUGGAGCCAAAAGCCUCACGCUGUGUGUGUGGCCAUGGAAAUAACUUUAACAGCAACAACAGCAGAGUCUUCGCUAGCGUGGAGGACGGGCACCACCAUGAUGGCAGCAUGCCGUUUCCUGGUCCUGGAGGCCACGGAGGAUUCAUGAAGCCUGCUGGACUCCAGCGUUUCUCCUCUGAGGACUCCCUGGAGGACAGCUACAGCAGCAGCAGUGGAGGUUCCAGUGGAACCGAGUCUCCAACAUUCGACGCAGCCACCAAGAGGCUUACUGUGUUUGAACGCCUGUCCCUGUCCGACUAAACAGAUCCAAAGAGAGGGAAAAGGAAAAGAACUGACACCUUGUUAAGUGCACCUGCAUUUAUCUGAACUUUCCUCAGAACCAGAACUGAUCAGGACAAGUCACCUUUUGACACAAUAACACUUAAAGUUCUUAAUUUAUGUUUGUAAAGUGGAACUCGUCUUGGAAAAUCUACAAAUACUGAGAUGAUUUUAGUACCCAAAUGUUAUCAGACUCUAUUUUUAUACUUAAAAAUAAUGUGUAGCCUAUAAGACCUUUGUAUGUGGUCUUCCGUAAAAAUUAACUCCUCUGCAGGUCUUGAUGGUACCAGCAAAUAGUCUGGUUUGUACUUACCAUAAAUUUGUAGUGAUCAAAAUGGCUUAUCUUUAGUGAUAAUCAUAAAUUCCUGCGCCUUAAAGAAUAUCCCUGCCUCAUAAGGCUAUUUAAUCUUGGUGCCAUAAACAGUAUGCUUGAUUCAGUAGCCUUAAUCAGUGAGACCUGACAUGUGUCAUUGAUGCCAUUUUAUCUGUGAUAUGCACUUUACAGCUAAUCCAAAUGGGAGAAACUGUCACAUCUCCCAGUAGCAUUCAACCAAAGCUUCAUACUUCACUUGCUCUCUCUCUCUGUGUGUGUGUGUGUGUGUGUGUGUGUGUGUGUGUGUGUGUGUGUGUGUGUGUGUGUGUGUGUGUCUGUACAUGUGCGUGUAUGGGUGUAUGUGUGUAACCGUCAUUCUCCUGAGACCUGGGGUGCAAGCAUCUUAAGUUGCAGAAUACUGAAAGAUCAAAGUGUGAUAACAUAAGAAAUGUCUGUCCGUGAGUUUAGAUAUUAAUAUCUCUAUGCAGACACAGAUUUAUUUCUUUAAAACAUUCUGUUAUCUUGGCUAGUUUGUGGAUUGCACCCCAUUUUUAUUGUCCCCUGUUUGUUUGACAACCUGGUUCAGGGACUUUAACACCACAGUAUUCCUUUUGGUUAUUGGUUGCCUUGUGUCUAACUUAAACUAAUAUAUUUAUUAUGAUAUUUAUUUGUGUUUAAAGAAAAAAAUGUAUUUUGUACUUUAUUUAUGGAGAAAUAUUUCAACGUCUGUGAAAUACCAAUGUGAGAAAAAGCAGUAAAAGAGAAUCUUAUAUUUUUAAUUGUCUGGAAAGGGACAAAAUAAAUUUCUGAAUAAAGAAAUGAAUGUAUGAUGGUC